CAGAGGCUCGUCUUCAAUCUGCAGCUGCAUCAUUCAGCAGGAAAACAUCCAGAAUGAUUUAAGCAUCUGUGAUCCGACAGAUCCACGCCAUUUGCUGCUCCGACUGUUUCACUUGUAUACAUCUGUGCCAGUGUUCUGCUGAGGUCGAGUAGAGCCAGGGUUCUGCUGAAACCCUCGCAGGAUCUGGAGGCAGUGAGUGGGGAGGUGAUGAAUCUGGCAGGCGUGGUCGUGGGCCGGUCCAGCCUGCCAUAAACGUCCAAAAACAGAGAGAUGCGGAGGUCUAAGAAAACACAGACCCAGAUCACACCGUUCACACUGGACAAACGAGCCUAACUAUCGAUCGCUAGGUUCUGACACAUUUCACAGGGCGUCUGUGCGCGCGAAGGACAAAGAGGAGAGGAUGUUGUAAGCCAUAUCACCUGGUCCUGCUUUGCGUAUCCUUUCCUUUUUUCCUCUGUUUCCUUUCAUUCCCCUUCUCCUCUGCCCCACGCUGGGAAGAAGAAGAUGAGCAGAAGUCCCACUCCUAAAGGGACUCCUGUCCAGCACAGUCCUGUAGACGGAGAGUGUCUGGAGGGAGAGAUGGUCCAGUCUCCGCAGGAAUCCAGCGGCCUCAAGAAACGAGUUUCCAGUCUCCUGCAAAGCCCUUCCUUCAGAGAGGAGCUGGAUGUGUUGAUUCAGGAGCAGAUGAAUAAAGGAGAAAGCUCCUCUAAUCUGUGGGCUCUCAGACAGAUCGCAGACUUCAUGGCCACUCACGGAUCCCCGGCCUCGCUGCCCGUCUCUCAGUCCACUGUGAGCAUGGUGACCCCCAUCAACGAUCUGCACGGAUGGGACCCGGGCUCCAUGGUGAAGGGCGAGAGACUGAUGCGCUGCAAGCUGGCCAGUGUUCACCGUCUGCUGGAUCUGUUCGGCUGGACACAGCUGCCCAACACCUGCCUCACAAUGCGUGUUAGUAAAGAACAGGAGCAUUUCCUCGUGCUGCCGGACGGUUUGGCCUACGGGGAGGUGACCGCCUCCAAUCUGGUGAAGGUGAAUAUUCUGGGGGAGGUUGUGGAGAAAGGCAGCACUGCUCUGGAAGUGAAUCUGUCUGCGUUUGGUCUGCAUUCUGCCGUCUAUUCAGCUCGACCGAACAUCCGCUGCCUCCUGCACCUCCACACUCCAGCCACGGCCGCGGUAUCAGCCAUGAAAUGUGGCCUUCUGCCGCUAUCCCAUGAGGCUUUGCUGGUGGGCGAUGUAGCUUAUUAUGACUAUAAUGGAGUGAUGGAGGAAGAAGAGGACAGAGUGGAGCUCCAGAAGAGCCUUGGCCCGACAUGCAAGGUGCUGGUGUUGAGGAACCAUGGAAUCGUGGCACUGGGAGAGUCAAUGGAGGAGGCCUUUUACACCAUCUACCACAUCCAGACCGCCUGUCAAAUACAGGUGGCAGCACUGUGCAGCGCUGGAGGAGAGCAGAACCUGAUCCUGCUGGACCGCAGUGUUCACCGACCCGUCUCCAGAGGCACUGUGGGCUGGGCCGGAUCCACCUUCGGUCCCAUGCACAAGAGCAGGCUGGGAGAACACGAGUUUGAAGCAUUGAUGAGGACGCUGGACAAUCUGGGUUACCGUACAGGCUAUGCUUACCGUUUCCCAGUACUGCUGGAGCGCUCCAGAACCAGGAGAGAGGUGGAGGUUCCUGCCACCGUCACCUCAUUUUCCUUUCAUGACGAUGGAGUUCAGCCUCACCCUCGUCUCCAUCCUCACGCCCAGAGACAGCAGCAGAAGACCAGAUGGCUAAACACCCCAAACGUCUAUCAGAAGGUCGGCCAGGACCAGGCCAGUCCAGGACAUCGCUCUACGUGGCAGAAGUCAGAGGAAAUCACGCAGGGCAGUGGACAGGCCAUUAAAAUUGAGAACCCAAACCAGUUUGUCCCUCUGUUCACCAACCCACAGGAGGUGCUUGAGACUAGAAAUAAGAUACGAGAGCAGAAUCGUCAGGACAUGAAAACAGCCGGACCUCGGUCUCAGGUGUUAGCCAGCGUCAUCACAGACAACAGUCCACCGACACCAGAGUCUGAGGAUCCUCCGUCCGCUGCGGAGCCCGAGACUCCGAACCCCUUCACCGAGCUGACGGAUCUGGAGCUGGACGAGUACUGCAAGGAGGUCCAGCGCAAGCAGGACGGUGUGGAGGAGGUAGUGAAUGACUCGGGGGCUUCCCCGAAUGCCUCCCCCAAAAAGACCCCACCGUCAGAUGGGAAAGCGGUGCAGAACGAUAAAGGCGAUGAAAAGAAACAGCAGGAGGAGCUAGAAAAACAAAUGAAGGCACUAUCCACCACUGACACGUCAGAAACCACGCCCUCGGCCCCGCCCACAACUCCGCCCACUGCCCCGCCCAACAAACCCGCAGGCAACACUCCAGAUGGCUCGCCUUCCAAAUCUCCAUCCAAGAAAAAAAAGAAGUUCAAAGCUCCCUGUUUUCUAAAGAAAAGCAAGAAACAAAAAGAGAAAGCAGAAUCUUGAACUCUUAGUACUUUCACACAUCUUCACAUCCAGUCCAUCUACUGACCUUUACAUGCCAUACGAGUUUUUCACUAUGGUUUUGUGACUUGAAACACGUUUUCGGUACACGAUGCAAAUUUCACAAUGCUUUACUGAUGUGACCCUUCCCUUGCUUCAAAAUGAAUUGCACUUAGUACAUGUGUAGAAAAAGAAUGUGGCAUUGAGUAAGCAUUGAUUGUUCAUGUCUAUCGAGUCUGAUUGUUGCUCAUUAUCAUGUUUAUAGAAUUACAUGUGG